AUGAGAAAUCAUCUCAAGUUGGGGGAUGUGAAGCCAGACAGUGUCCCUGAAGAUAGAGUAAAGGCUGUUGCCGAAACUCUUCGAAAAUCUACCACCAUAAAGCUUUCCGAAGACGGCACGAAGGUUGGCAGGUCUACUGAAAUCCUGAAGCCAGAGGAGUUGAUAGAGCAGGUAGACAUAAGGACCGUAGCUGCUUCACCGUUUGAGUAUGAUGCAAAGCUUGAAGACGUCGAAACAUUUUUUGGACAAUUUGCCAAGGUUAACAGUGUGAGGCUGCCUCGUCAUGUUGCAGACAAAAAGCUGUUUUGCGGCACUGCCUUGGUCGAGUUUUCCACAGAGGAAGAAGCCAAUAAGAUCCUGGAGCAAUCUUUGGAUUAUUCAGGUCUCAAGUUAGACCUAAAACCAAAGAAGGAUUUUGAUACUGAUAGAGAAAGAGAGGUAAAGGAGUACGAGGCUCGCCCUCGGACCGAUACAAACCGCAAGAAUAACUCAAAAGCAGAGGCAGACUAUCCUAAAGGGUUGAUUGUUGCGUUCACGUUAAAGAGCACAUCAGAUAAAGGUUCUGCAGAGCAUAGUGGUAGUCCUGCCACUGCUAAUGGUAGUACAAAUGGUAACAAAACUGAUGGUCACGUUGAUUCUUCAGAGAAUGCUACCGAAGAAACUGAAAAGAAGGUGUUGGAAGAUGUUAACCGAGGUGAUGGAGAUGAAGAAAUUCCUGGAGAGGAUGUUAAGGAGAAUAAGGAAAUUGCUGAUGAGAAAAAUAGUUCAGAUGGUGGUGAAGGAAAGGAAACUGGAGAUGGGGAAAAUCCUUCUGAAGUUCCUGCUGCAAAGAGUGGAGAGAAGGAAGAAAGAUUGAGUGCUGCCGCAUACAAAGAUAACAUGGAUGUUGUUAUGCGUGAGGAUUUGAAGAGUGUAUUCCAAAAAUUUGGCACUGUUAAGUACAUUGAUUUUAAGAUCGGAGAAGAAUCAGGAUACAUUCGGUUCGAAGAGCCUGAAGCAGCUCAGAAAGCACGUGCUGCUGCAGUCCUUACUGACCUAGGAGGUCUGGUUGUGAAGAAUUUCAUUGCAACUUUGGAACCAGUCAGCGGUGAGGCUGAAAAGGAGUACUGGAGCCUCUUCCGUGGCCACCAAGAAAAUUCCGCGAUAGUAAGAGCCACCGCGGAGGAGGAAGGGGAGGGAGACACAGCAAUAGGGGUUGGAACAUGGCCGAUCAAGGGACAAUGA